UUUUUUUUUAAAUUUCCUCGCUCUCUAUUACCAUUGUGGUGUGGAGCCCAAAACUGGACCUUUGCUUUGCUGGCUUCAAGCUCUCCAUUGUUGGUCUUUUGUGGGUCUUGUCUGCUGAGAAUUAGAGGGAGAAACAAGAGAGAAGAGCAAGAUAGAAAGGAGAGAGAGAGAGUUUUUAUAAGUUGUUGGGGCCAAAGCCAAAAUCUUUCACAUAAAAAGCCCUCUCCUUUUGUAGAAGAAAUAAAGAAAAAAAAAUCUCAUUCCAUUUCUCUCUUGUGUGCUUUCCUCCGUCUUCUUCAAUUAUCUCAUCACUAGUUGAAGCCAGCUAAAUCAAAAACCAAAUCCCAACCUUUGUUUUUUCUCUUGCUGUGAUUUUAUUGAUCCAUAGAUCUGCUAAUUCCAAUUUCAUGCCCAGAUGAAGUUUUUCCCUUUCCUAUGUCCAGAUCCUCCUUUUCAAUUAUAAACCAAAGGGGUCAAAUAGAAAGUGUACAAUUAUUGUGUUGAGAAGCGAAGGAGGACACGGUUCACUGUUCAGGCUUCUAGCGUAUAGUUUGUAUUCAGUGGUUGUUUAGAUGUGGAGAAUUCGGAGGGUUUUUUGGAUGAGAUGAGGGAUGUUAUCUGGGUUGAUGAACUUUUUGAGGGCCUGUUUUCGGCCAAGGUCAGAUCGAUACGUUCACACAAGUUCGGAUGCUGGAGGUCGCCAAGAUGGGCUUUUGUGGUACAAGGACACAGGGCAGCACUUUAAUGGUGAGUUCUCAAUGGCAGUGGUUCAGGCCAACAAUUUACUUGAGGACCAGAGCCAGCUUGAGUCCGGUUGUUUGAGUUCACAUGAGUCAGGUCCAUAUGGUACUUUUAUUGGCGUAUAUGAUGGGCAUGGGGGCCCAGAGACUUCACGCUACAUCAAUGAUCAUCUCUUUCAACAUCUCAAGAGGUUCACUUCAGAGCAACAGACAAUGUCAGUUGACGUGAUACGAAAAGCAUAUCAAGCAACAGAAGAAGGUUUUUUGUCUCUCGUUACCAAACAGUGGCCUAUGAAACCACAAAUCGCAGCUGUUGGAUCCUGCUGCCUGGUUGGUGUUAUCUGUGGUGGAAUCCUUUAUGUUGCCAACCUGGGUGAUUCGCGUGCUGUUUUGGGGAGAGCUGUGAAGGCAACAGGAGACGUACUAGCUGUUCAGCUGUCGGCUGAACAUAAUGUCUGCAUAGAGUCUGUAAGGCAGGAGAUGCAGUCAUUGCACCCUGAUGACCCACAAAUUGUAGUUUUGAAGUACAAUGUAUGGCGUGUAAAAGGUCUCAUACAGGUAAGUUUCACUAUGCAAACAAUUUUUAAUUUUAAUAGUUUA